ACCACACACAUCAGCUCCCAAAUUAAGAAUUAUAUAUAUAAAUAUACAGCAUCAUUAAAACAUUAUUAGCUAACUAACCACACACCUAAGUACAGGCGCUAAAAUGGCUCUAGGAGAAAAAACAAAAUGGUUCUUUAUUGUAGCAGGGAAUGUUCUCACAGCAAUUUGUGGGAUCAUGGCCAUAGUAUCCCGUGGAGACACUGUAGUUGCGGUUAUAGCAGCAAUUUGUAUUGUUUUUAGUCUUACAGCUCUUGUUAUUCUUGGAUAUCCCGCCGGUCGCACAAUCAUCUGGCCAUAUUCGGACCACGCGGUGCUUUAUUGGAUCACAUGGCUGUGUACCAUCGCAGGAGGUUUCUGUGUAGUGGCACCAUUAACGAUCAUCACUGUUGCUGUCAAAAAUAUUAUCAUCGGCCUUGGAGUUUUUCUUUGCAUCUUGGCCGCGUUUAUUGCUGUUUGCUACUUCAUAACAACUUCGGACUCUUCAUGAUCAUCAAAUCAAAUGUGCAAUUCAACUUCUCUAAAUAAUAGUAUAAUCCGCAGUAUGACAAUUUUGUAGAACAAACUAGCUAAUUGUCCAUGUUAUCCAAUUCUGAAAACAAUCUAUUUCGUCAAUUACUCAGGUAAGGCUAUUCAAGUUAUCCAGAUUAUGUUUCUGUUUC